AUGGCGUCCAGAGGAGGAAAAGAAGAGGAAAAAGCGCGAAGAAGAAGAAGUAAAAGAAGAAGAAAACAGAGAGCGUGCUCUUUCUUUCCUCUCUCUUCUCUCUUUUUCUUUCUCUUCUUCUUUUUCUUCCUCCCGGUUUUAGUGGUGGUGGUUGUUUUCGCGCGAGACGUUGGCGGAGACGAUGACGGGAAACACACACCCAUCGGCGUGAACGGGGGAGGAGUCUUCGUAAAGGCGACGACGACGACGACGACGACGAGAAGGAUGCUCCAACAACAACAACAAAAAGAAGAAGAAGAAGAUCGAGGAGGCACGUUUGACCUUCUCGCGGGGAAGGCGAGCGGAGAUGGAGAUGCGGAAAAUCGACACGACCGAAUGAGGAGAGAAAGAAGAGAGAGAGCGGUGCGACGCGAAGAAGGAAACCGUCUGGAAACAACAACGGCGGAGCGCCCCCGCGGCGGCGACGAAGAGGGAAAAAAAGGAGAUGGCACGGAUCCGCAUCUACGUCUCGAACGUCAUCGUCGUCGUCAUCAAGAGCAAUUGCUUCGUUAUCGAGGAAUGGAAAAAGGGAAGGAGAGGUGGCACGCCGUUCGCCGCGAGAGGAGCGCUGCGGCUGCUCCGUCUUCGUUUCCUCCUCCUCCUCCUCCUUCUCCUUCUCCUUCUCCUUCUCCUCCUCUUCCUUCUCCUCCUCCUCGAGAGAUGAAAGAAGAAGUAGCAGUAGUAAAAGAAUAUCCAGUGCUCAACCCGGACAACGAUCGGUGCGUGCACGGAUACCCGUCUUCCAAGGACGGGCACGAGUGCAUCUGCAACACGGAUUGGACCGGAGCGAAGUGCGAUGAAAACCCGGCGCCGUCGUGCGACCGGUUUACGUUUGGCUCGUGCGGCGAUGUGUUAACUAGACAAAUAACCGUGCGACCGAGAUCAGCGCCGGAGAUUAAAGAAUUUCCUUCGUGUAAAUGUGUGGAUGAGUGCAUCGAGUAUACGCUAAAAGCGUUUGGGAAGGAGACGUACGAGGUGAUGACGCGAGAGGGAGGUGGGGGGAAGCGACCGUUUCAAAUGAAUUUGCGAACGGAACAUUUUUGUAAAGUAGGAGACGUAGACGAUGGAAAUAUCGAUAGCGAUAGUAGUAUUAGCAGUAUCGGUUUGCUUUAUAAACAACCCCAGGAUGAGGAGUAUAGGAGAUCGUACAUCUUUGAAUAUGACAAACCAACAAGACAGGCGUUGCGUGAAAAAUCCGGCAACGUAAACGCGGAUAGGAACGUUGAUAAAGUCGUGUUCGACCGUGUGCGCUCAAAAAUAAUCACCAUGGAGGACCACGGUGACCAAUUCGCGAACUCGUACGUGCAAAAUGAAGGAAUAUGUUCACCGUUAUGCGAAAAGAACGGAAAGUGCGAAUGGUUUGAAUGCGCGUGUAAUAAAGGAAGAUUUGGAUACGAAUGCGCAUUGUCGGAAGAGGAGAUACUUCAGGCGAAGAAAAACAGCGAAGAACGGUACGCGAAGAACGAAUUAUCGCUCGCCGCGGCAGAUUUGCCCGGGGGUAUUAAACGGUUCUAUCGAGGCCACAAGUAUAAAAAUAACGGAAGUUACCGAGGAGUGCACUAUUUCUUUGAGACCAUGAUCGCGGAUGCGGGCGUCGUUGACCCGAACGGCGCGGAAUCUUUGCGAAGCACGAUGGUCAUCCCGUUUUUCCCGGGAGAUUUAGUCGGAAACGUUGGAUCAUUUACGACUGUGAUGGAGCGAGUCAUUGAGUACGUUGAUAAAAAGUAUUCACUAAAAGAAGCAGUGCAUCCAACCGUGUGGAUUAACGCUAUGGAUAGAUCCUUGUGUACAUUGCAAACAGACGUGCAUUCGGAACUUCCUCCGGGAGCAAUUGUCGUUUCGCAGUAUGGCAUGUGGCGAACGAAAGAGGGAAAUCAUGAGUGUUUCUAUCCCAAUCGAGAUAUUGUCAUUCCAUCGUCUCUAUCCGUGUCGCCUGGAUACGGCGGGGACAAAGACCCAAAGCACACGAGGUUCGACCCGAAUACGAAAGAUGGUAUGCUGUUAUUCUUUCGCGGAAGGGCAAAAAAUUUCAAGCAGUGUACAGGAGAGAAUAUCUUUACGAACGUCAAGGAGUGCAUGUACUUGUACUCGCAAGGUAUUCGGACAUUCAUGUUGGAUUGGUAUAAAAAUGAGCCGAGAUUUUUCUUGAACAAAAACGUGAUGUCGCCUGAAUUUAGCAAGUAUGGAGGCGUCGGCGAAUUAGCACGCAGCGAAAAUAUUCGCCUGCGUUCGUACUUUUGCCUCGCCGCGGGCGGGAACGGAUGGGAUCAACGAUUUUUCGAUGCCAUUCACAGAGGGUGUGUUCCGCUCAUGACGCAAUUGAACACUUCGCACCCGUAUGAUUUCCUCCUCGAUUACGACACGUUCACCGUAUUUAUUCCAAACGGGAGUCAAGAUCUCAAACGUGUUCCUGAAAUUUUAGACAAGACGGUGCAAAGCGGGACGCAUUCGAAUAUGGUGAAGAACUUGCGCGUCGUCCACGAAGCAUUCGCAUGGAGCGGUGGUAACUUUCGAGAUACACUAUCGGAGAAGGACACUUUUCUAGUGCACAAUGGGGCGUAUCAUCACGCGGUGUGGGCGAUUGCGCAUCGAUCGGGGAAGGAAAUACCAUCGAGCUCAGCGGUGCAGUUAUGCAGGCUGUACUUCCAUAAUCCGUAUCACGCGAAUGCGAACGACAUUUUGUACGCAGAUGUGAGAGAGAAAUUGAAACAGAGAUGUUUUAGCGACGAGAUUUUGUCGAAAUCAAAAUCGACGACGUGA